UUCCGCCCGUUCCGCCCCUCACCGUUCCCCUCUCCCCCCGCUCUAGUUUUUUUUCCCGUUUUCUCCCGUUUUUCCCCCAUUUCUCCCCCACCAUGUCCGAGUCCCUGGGCUGGUGCGUGGAGGCCGUGCGGGCCGCGGCCGAGCCGUCGCUGUCGCGGGCGCUGCUGGCGCUGCGGGCCCGGCACACGCGGCGGGCCGGGGGCCCCGCGCGGUUCCGGGAGCGAGGGGGGCUCGGGCCGCUGCUGGAGCUGGUGGGGCCCGAGAGGCCCCGGAGGGUGCUGGAGCUGGCGCUGAGCGUGCUCGGGAACUGCUGCACCGAGCCCGGCUGCCGGCGGCAGACCAGGAGCCUCGGAGGGGUGCCGCGGCUGGUGUCGCUGCUGUCGGUGCCCGGUGUCCCCGAGAGCGUCGGGAACCGCGUGGCCCGGACCUUGGCCAACCUGGCCCUGGAGCCCGACGGCGCCCGGGACGUGCUGGAGGCCGGUGCCGCUCCCCUCCUCAUCACCCUCACCGCCACCUGCAGCACCCCCGGCUGCCUCCUGAGCGCCGCCCGCGCCCUACGCAUCCUCGGCACCCCCCAAACCGCCCCGGGACCCCCCAAAACUGCUCCCCAGUUCGAGGCGGGGGGUUCCCAAGUCGGGUCGGGGGUCCCCAGCGCCCUGUGCUCCCCGCAGUUCGAGGCCGGGGUGCGCGCGCUGUGCCUGCUGUGCCGCGAGGCGGUGUCGCGGGCGCGCGUGCGCCGCUCGGGGGGCCUGGGCGCGCUCGUGGCGCUGCUGCGCGAGCCGCGCGCCGCGCGCUGGCACCGCCGCGCGCUGCUGGCGCUCAGCGCCUUCGCCUGGGACCCGCCCGCGCUGCGCGCGCUCGAGGCGCGCGGCCUGGUGCCGCUGCUGGCGCGGGCGCUGCGCCGAGAGCGCCCGCCCCUCCCCCCCUCGCUGCGCUCGCUGGCCCUGCCCCCCAUCCCCGCGCUGGACCCGCGCAGCCGCGAGGCGCCCGCGCUGCUGCUGCUCGAGCGCCUGGCCACGCCCCCCCGCCCCUCCCCCGCCCUCCCCUUCCCCACCCUGGUCUCCGCCCUCCUGGCCUACCUGGGGGGGGCCCCGCGCCCCUCCCCCCGCGCCCCCCGCCUGCUGCAGCUUCUGGUGCAAAACCCCCAAUUUCUGGGGCCUCUGGUUCGCGGCUUCGUCCCCUCGCUCAUCCACGCCCGGCUGGUGCUGGGGGUGCCCCCCCAGAAAUGGGGCAGGGGGGCGGCGGGGGAAGGGAGAGACCCCCGCCCCCAAUGGGCCCGAGCGGAGAGGAGGGAGAGGCUGCGGGAGCUGGGUGAGGCGCUGCUGCGCAGCCUCGCGGCCACGGCGGCCUCGCCCUUCGGCGUGGGGGUGCUGACGCACGGGCUGCGCUGCGGCAGCGCCCCCGCGCGGCUGGCGUGCGCCACUGCACUGCCCCUGCUGGCCAGGCCGGGCUCGCCGCUGUGGCCGCUGCUCUGGGGGGGGGGAGGGGCGCUGCCGCUGCUGCUCGGAGCCGCCGUGGGCGCCGCCCGAGGGGGGGGCGGGGCGUCCCCGGGCUGCCCCUACUCGCUGUCCCCCUGGGACGUGUCCCUUGUCCCCGACGCGCCCCCGCCGCUGCCCGCCUCCCGCCGGGCUCUGUCCCGCGUGUCCCCGGUGCUGUCCACGCUGCUGUGCGGCCCCUUCUUGGCGCCGCCAGCGGCAGGUGACGCUUGCGCCGCUGCCCAGCGCCCGGCGCUGCUGCUGCUGCUGCAUUUCCUGCACGGCUGCGCCGCGCGCGCUGCCCGCACCUCUCCGGCCCCUCGAUGUCACGCGGCGGGCGCUGGCGCUGGCGCUGGCGCGGGCGCUUCCUGGUGCCGUCGCCGAGGCCUGGCUGGCGGCGGCGUGCGGGGCCGCCGGCCGCGCUCUGGGCCUGGCGGCGCUGGGGCAGCAGCAGCGCUGGCGCGCAGGGCGGCGCGCCGUGCUCAGCGGCGGCGCCCUCAGCGUGGAGCCCCCGUGCUGCUCGGCGCCGCCAGAGCGGCCACGGAGCCCGCGGCGCUGGUCAGGGCGCUGCUGGAGGAGAUCGGCCCCGCCCACGGGGCGCUGGGCCACGCCCACGAUGAGCUGAGCGUAGGGGCGCAGUGGGACCCCCUGGUGGGGGUGGGGCAGCUCGGGGGGGACAGCGAGGAGGAGGAGGAGGAGGAGGGUGACGUCAUGGAGCAGGGCGGUGACGUCAUGGAGGAAGGCAGUGACGUCAUGGAGGAGGAAGGGUCGCGGUGA